AUGGGCUUUGUCUCUGGUCUCACUUCACUCUGGGCUGCUCUUUUCACCUGCCAGUUUGCCCAGUAUGCUGAGAUUGUCAACUUCACUCUCCCUGAUGGGACUCAGAGGAGUGGCCAAGUGCUUGAGGUGGCUGGAACCAAGGCCAUUGUUCAGGUAUUUGAAGGGACUUCUGGGAUUGAUGCCCAGAAGACAACUUGUGAAUUCACAGGGGACAUCCUACGGACUCCAGUGUCAGAGGACAUGUUGGGUCGGGUUUUCAAUGGCUCCGGCAAACCCAUUGACAAAGGGCCAGUGGUCAUGGCAGAGGAAUUUCUGGAUAUCAAUGGCCAGCCCAUCAACCCCCAUGACCGCAUCUACCCAGAGGAGAUGAUCCAGACGGGCAUUUCUCCCAUUGAUGUCAUGAACAGCAUUGCCCGCGGUCAGAAGAUUCCCAUCUUCUCAGCAGCUGGGCUCCCCCACAAUGAGAUUGCUGGCCCAAUCUGCCCGCCAGCUGUGUGAAGAAAAUCCAAGCUUCUGGAUAUCAUAGACAACUUCGCCAUGUUUUUGCACCAUGGUAAGAGAGUCAAUAAGGACCAGAAUUCUGAAAUUGUGACAGCAGCCCUUCCUCCCUUCGGCUGUGCACAACCCGAUCUGAUGAGGGAGCCACAAUCCUGCUCCUUGACAAACUGUCAGAAUCCAGGCCAGUCUGGUAGCAGAGGAAAGAACAUGACAGAAGCAGUGAACAUGGAGACAGCCAGGUUCUUCAAGUCUGACUUCGAGCAGAAUGGAACCAUGGGGAACGUCUGCCUCUUCCUGAACUUGGCCAAUGAUCCUACGAUCGAACGAAUCAUCACCCCACGCCUGGCACUGACCACUGCUGAAUUCCUUGCCUACCAGUGUGAGAAGCACGUGCUGGUCAUACUGACUGACAUGAGCUCCUACGCAGAAGCCUUGCGAGAGGUCUCCGCUGCCAGAGAGGAAGUGCCCGGGCGCCGAGGCUUCCCUGGAUACAUGUACACAGACCUGGCCACCAUCUAUGAAAGAGGCCGUGUGGAGGGCCGGGGUGGAUCCAUCACACAGAUCCCAAUCCUCACCAUGCCCAAUGAUGAUAUCACCCACCCCAUCCCAGACCUGACAGGCUUCAUCACAGAGGGACAGAUUUAUGUGGACAGACAGCUGCAUAAUAGACAGAUCUACCCUCCCAUCAACGUGCUUCCUUCUCUGUCACGGCUGAUGAAAUCUGCCAUUGGGGAGGGCAUGACAAGAAAGGACCAUGGAGAUGUCUCCAACCAGUUGUACGCCUGCUACGCCAUCGGCAAGGACGUGCAGGCCAUGAAGGCGGUGGUCGGGGAGGAAGCGCUCACCUCCGAGGACCUGCUCUUCCUGGAAUUCCUGCAGAAGUUCGAGAAGAAUUUCAUCAACCAGGGCCCUUACGAGAACCGCUCGGUGUUCGAGUCUCUGGACCUGGGUUGGAAGCUGUUGCGCAUCUUCCCCAAGGAGAUGCUGAAGCGCAUCCCGCAGAGCGUGAUCGACGAGUUCUACUCCCGUGACGGGGCGCCGCACGACCCAGCGUCCGACACUGCGCUCUAG